AUGGCUACCGACGCCGCCAUGGCAGACAUGGAUAUCGACAUCGACUAUGGCAUGGACGAGGACACGGCGCGCAUGCUAGCUGAAGCCGAAGCCAUGCAAUCUACAAAUGGCAUUGAUACUGGGGAGAUGAAUGGAGUGGAGGAGGCAGCAGAGGACGGCGAGGUCGAGCAGAAUGCGCUGGUGCCAAAAGUGCAUGUCCGUGGCGUGGAUGAUCUGAGCACGCGGGAUGUGGAAAACUUCGCCAAUGAGCACUUCUCCUAUGAUCUGUUUAAGAAGGUGGAGUGGGUCAAUGAUUCUGCCGUGAACCUGAUCUACGAUACCGAUGCGGCAGCAGCAGACGCACUCACAGCUCUCUCGGCAGAAGAGCGUUCAGACCCACUCGAAGAACGACCAGCGAAGAGAUUGACUACGCACCCUAAUGUCGUCCUGGUCGUGAGACGAGCUGUCGAAUCCGACGUCAAGGUCAAGAAUGCUAGUCUCCAUAGCAGAUACUACCUGGACAAUGCGAUCGAUCCAGAAGAUCCACACGGCAAUCGCUCUGGCAAGAGAAGAUAUGGAGAGCGUGGCUACCGCAACAGAGACUACGGUAACAAAAGACGAAGACGGGACACGGAGGAUGAUGGCUAUGCAAGACGCGGCUCAGGCGGCGAUGCAUUCGAUGAGAACAUGUAUGAUGAUAACCCUGCGUCUGUCGAAGCUCGGAAGGAGCGAAGCCAGAGCUACACUUCAGCAGACGUGGGGAGGAAGCGAGCGCGCACAGGCGACGAGCUAUUCCCGGACAAGGCAAGCGGACGUCUACGGAACCGCAGUGCUUCACCAGAUCGUGAUGGUGAUGGUCGCUAUGGCUUCGACGACAACCAACCUCAGAGGCAACCUGCACGUCCACGUUCACGAACUCCUUCACGACGUGUACUAGACAACCGCGAAGCACGAGAGCUGAUGACGAAAGAACUCUUCCCGGACAAAAAGUCGACAAAUGGCAUGAACGGCCAUGGCGGUGCAGCAAUGGAUCUCUUCCCAACCCACAGCUCUCCUCCGAAAACACCUCGUGAACUCUUCCCCUCACACAAACGGCAAGAAGCGCGGGACAUCGACAGUGAGUAUCGACGAGUAGAAACAGAUCUCGGUGGGUAUUCUUUUGACGGCACAGACGAAUGCGACACUUACAGCAUCUCAGACAAACGACCUCGACGCCAAGAGAAGGGUGAUCUGUUCUCUCGUAUUUCUGGUGGACCGGCCAUCGAUAAGAGCUAUGGCCGUCUCGACGAUCGAUCGGACUCGGACUUCAGCUUCAAGGGCGCGGGUCGCAAGGAUAAUGGGUAUAAUAUACUCGGUGCCAGUGGCGAGACACAGAAGCAAUCUUCAUUGCCUAAAGAGCUAUUCCCACUCAAGGCUGGCAACGGUGGCAGUGGUAAAGACCUUUUCGCUGGCAAGGAUCUCUUCGACGGGAGGAUCAAGGGACGUGGCAGCAGGAGGCGCGCUGAAGACUUUGCCUAG